AUGUCCUGCCAGCAGAGCCAACAGCAGUGCCAGCCCCCUCCCAAGUGUGCCCCCAAGUGCCCUCCCAAGUGCCAGACACCAAAGUGUCCCCCUAAGUGUCCUCCUAAGUGUCCCCCUAAGUGCCCUCCUGUCUCUUCCUGCUGCAGUCUGGGUUCUGGGGGCUGCUGUGGUUCCAGUUCCGGGGGCUGUUGUGGUUCAAGUUCCGGUGGCUGCUGCAGCUCUGGCGGUGGUGGCUGCUGCCUGAGCCACCACAGGCCCCGCAGAUCUCUUCGUCGCAGACACCAGAGCUCUGGAUGCUGUAGCAGCGGUGGCUGCUGUGGCAGCAGUGGUGGCGGCAGCUGUGGCAGUAGCCAACAGUCUGGUGGCUGUUGCUAA